AUGGAUGAUAAUAAACAAGAUAACUCAACAAAUUCAUUAACGAAUAAAUCGCUAGCAACAUCUUCUAAUGAAAUAAACUCAUCUAUGCCGCCUAUUGAUAUCAAUGAACAACAGGUAGAUCUCAAUCAUGACUGUAAAGAGAAUGAAACUCAAAAUCAGAUUGAAGAAGCUAAUAAUGAUGAAUUUAUUCGUAUAACAGCAGCACAUCAAGUACUUGUUGAAGCUCAAACAUAUGAUGAACAAAAAAAUUAUCCAUUAGCACUUCAUCUUUAUCGUAUAUGUGUUGAUUUUCUUCUUGAAGAAUUAAUGUUUGCCGAAGGUACUGAACAAUCUCGCAUUUAUUUACGUGAAAAAUGUACAGCUAUUAUGAAUCGUAUUGAUAUACUUAAAACAAAACUUGAUCCAAUUCCAUCAUCCACCGAAACUCAACAAUCAAUUAAGGAUCUUCCAAUUGAUCAAUUAGAAACUCUUAAUUUAUCUUAA